AUGUCGGACCGGGGCGAGGGUUUCACGAGUGUGGACGUAGGGUCGAACGGUAUGCCUGUUGUGUGUAACUCGCGCGGCUGCCGCCCCGUGCUUCUUAACGACCGCUUCCGCGACUGGAACGGCCGCCCAAAAUCCGUGCCGCGCUGGCCGAUGGACGGCGUGGGGCGCGGGGAAGUUGGCGGCGAGGCGGGCGCGGUAGCUGGCGGAGAGGGGGUGCGCGGGUUGGAGGUGGAGGCGGGAGGAAGGGGGGAAAUGACGGCGAUGGGCAGAGCGAACGGGGGUGAUGUCAGAGCGAAUGGAUUUGCUUACCGUCACCAUGGCCAGGGGGAAGAGAGCGCGACGGGGCAUUCGACGGGGCACGCGGGGGUCGCACAAGAUCCUUGGCACGGCGUGGGGGGAGCAACCUCUUCCGCCUCCGCCUCCGCUUCCGCAGACGACGAUAACCACCUGCGCGGUUCUCUCCCCCCCGGGUUCCACAGUCCCAGCGCGCCCUGGGUUCCGCCUGACGUUCCCGUCGCGCGUGACGGCGCUGCCCCACACCGCGGGGACCUCGAUCUUUCCGCGCCAAAUCUCCGAGUGCCUGUGGUGGUUCCCCCGCUGGUGGCGGUCGGUCGGCGCGCGCAAGGGCCCAUGACAAGCGGUCUCCCCGCUUUCGACGGCGGCGGCAGCGGUAAUAGCAGCGGCGGAGGCGAUGAGUACGUGGGCGGCAGGGCGCUCGGUCACGAUGGCGCGAGUGAGAUAUUGAUGGACGACCGUCGGAUCUGGGCGCCCAUGAACGGGAUACGCGCACGACCGUUGGACGGGAAUUUCGCUGGUGGCGCGGCUGGCGCUGCUUGUACCGCCGGUGACGCCGCUGAUGGCGCAUGCAACGCUGCCGGUGCUGGGCGAAAAGCAAACGGUGUGCCUAUUCCGUCUAACGGCUCACCGAUGCCGCCUUAUCACCAAGAAUCCCUUUCAUUCCAGCAGCAAGAACAGCAUCAUCAUCAUCAUCAUCAUCAUCAGCAGCAGCAGCAGCAGCAAGAAAGGCGGCGCGGCGACGAGCAGAGCGGGGUGAAUGGAGCGCACGGCGCGACGCUGGAAAGCGAUGGUGGGAGCGCGCGGAGUGGGGGAAACGGGCGCGGGCAUGGGGCGGGGCGGGUGUGGGAGGGGAGCGCGGGUGCGCGAGAGCAGGCGCAGGCGGAGGCGGAGCGGGAGCGGGAGCGCGAGGACAUGGAGCAGUAUUACCGUGCGGCGUUGAUGGAGCAUCCGCAGCAGUCGCUCUUCCUGGGCAACUACGCGCAGUUCCUCGCAGAGGGCAAGGACUACGAGCGCGCGGAGGAGGCGUUUCGGCGCGCGGCCGUGGCGAGCCGCGCGGAGGGGGGCGCGGGGGAGGCGGAGGUGCUGGUGGCGUGGGCGAAGGUGGUGUGGGAGGCGGGCGGAGACGCGGAGCGCGCCAUGGCGCUGUUCGAACGCGCUGUGGAGCUCUCGCCUGAUGACUGUUUUGUGCUGGCAGCGUAUGCGAGCUUCCUGUGGUCUGCAGAGAGCGGGCAGGAGCCGGCAGCAACGCAGGUGACGGUGGGCGGAGGGGUGUGCGUGGUGGAUUGGGAGGAGGAAAAUGAGCACAGUCACGGGCAGCAGCAACAGCGUCAGCAGCAACAGCCACUGCAGCAGCAGCAGCAGCAGCAGCAGCAGCAGCAGCAGCAGCAGCAGCAGCAGCAGAAGGGGAGUUAUGAGCAAUUUGCAUCAGCAGAGCGUGGUGCCCAAAUUCCCCACCUUGCUCAGCCUGCUCAGCCUGAUAUUUCGCGUGGAGGAGAUGACCGGCUGUGUUCCUGCCAUUCUCCAGCAACUCUGCAGCAGGCUGGUGACUGCCCUAGUGGUGCCGGUAACUGCUCUCGCUGCUGCGGUGAUCACACCAACUCUGGCACUGGCAGCAGCAGCAGCAGCAGCAGCAGCAGUGAUCUUGCAAGAAAUGUCCUGAAUAGCGAAGCAGCAGCAGCCGACAGCCCAGGCUUGGAAGACGAGAGUCUCAGCAGUUGUAAGGUGGUGUCUCAAGGGCAGGUGCAGGAGCAAGAGCAGCUAGAUGGGCGUGCCAGCCAUCAUCAUCAUCAUAGCAGCAUCGCCUGCAAUGGCACUGCAAGCAAUGGCACUGCAACUCCAAACGGACCCGCUGCUCCUGCUCUUCCUCCCCACCCGCACGCAACCGGCACGUGCAGUGGUGUGGGCAACCCUGGUCGCAGCAGCAGCGCUCUUCUUGGGCUGCCAACUCAUUCUCGAAUCUUGCCACCCGUCGCCACGCCCACCGCCAACACAGCAGAAUUUGCUGUCAAGGACAGCUUCAAGCUGUCCUUGACAACAGAAUGCAGCAGCAGUCCUGCCCCCGAUCUACCUGAUGGCGCGAGAAACGGCCUCUCAGUGCUGGGCGUUUUACCACGCCUUAGCGAGAACUACGCCGUGCCCAUCGCUCAGCCGCCGACUCGUGAGCCGUCACCUGAAUGUGUGGUAGGAACGGUUUAUCCGUUUGAGCCGCCAGACUCACCCACGGCGUGGGAGCCACAUCCUGACAUAGAUUUGGUUCCCGGAGGAGGCGAGGGCUCGUCAAAGCCGCCUACUGCUUCGCCUUCGACGGUCAGCACCGCGCCCGUCAAGCGACCGCGUGUGGGAGUUACGUACAAGCAGCAGACGCUGUGGGGCGCUCCUCCUCCGAAAAACGCUACUUCACACAAGCGCCCUGCUCCUUCGGCCGACCCGACGCCACCCACCGCUCUGGCGGAUGCUGAGUAUGAGUCGGUGAAGAAGACGUUUGAGGGUCAGUGGGCAGGUAGCUUCAAGUGGUUACGUUUGCUCCGCAUGUCUAACGGCCGUCCGUCUUUGAAGUGUGCGAUUUGUGUGAAGCAUGGAGAUCCACUGGCGCACACCGCGUACGGGGCGAAGGGUGAAGGUGCUCGGGACCUCCAGAUCGGCAGCAUCCGCGCUGACGAACAUGCUGCGGGAUGA